AUGCCGCGCGGCUUCUCGUGGGGAUUUUGGCUGCUGUGCACCAUCGCCGCGUCCGCUUCGGCUCGGAGCGAGGGAGGCGGCAACAAGCCCAAGAGCUGCUCCGAGCUGCGGCAACUCUACGGAGCCAAAGGAUUCAGCCCCAGCGGCGUCCCGCAGGCAGAGAUCUCCGGAGAACACUUGAGGAUUUGCCCGCAAGGCUACACUUGCUGUACCAGUGAGAUGGAGGAGAACUUUGCCAAUAAGAGUAGAACUGAAUUUGAAGGCAUGCUGAAGGAAGCUACUCGCUCAGUACAAAUAAACUUAACAUCCCAGUACAAGAGCUUUGAUGGUUAUUUCCAAGAUUUGUUAAACAAGUCAGAGAAGGCCCUUUAUGAUACAUUUCCUGGUAUGUAUGGAGACCUUUACAACCAGAAUGUAAAGGUUUUCAAAGACUUGUAUAGUGAUCUCCGCCGUUAUUACCGAGGUGCCAACAUCAACCUAGAAGAGGCUCUCAAUGAGUUUUGGAUUCACCUGCUAGAGAGGCUUUUCAAACUGAUGAAUCCUCAGUAUCACCUGACUGAUGACUAUGUGGAAUGUAUGGUGAAGCACUCUGAGCAGCAUAAGCCAUUUGGAGAGGUACCGAGGGACCUGAAACUGAAGGCAACGAGAGCCUUCAUUGCUGUCCGCUCCUUUGUGCAGGGGCUUGGUGUGGGCAAUGAUGUUGUCAAAAAGGUGUCUCAGGUUCCUCUCAGCCCAUAUUGUACUCGAGCCAUUAUGAAGCUAGUGUACUGUUCACACUGCCGGGGCAUGUCAAAUGUCAAGUCAUGCAACAGCUACUGCCGCAACGUCUUGAAGGGCUGUCUGGCCAACCAAGCAGAUCUGGACCCAGAAUGGAGGAACUUGAUAGAUUCAUUGCUGCUGGUUGCUGAACGCUUUGAUGGACCAUCUAAUGUAGAAACAGUCAUUGGUACAAUUCACACCAAGAUUGCAGAAGCCAUUUCUAACAUGCAAGAGAACAAAGAAUCUAUAACAGCAAAGGUCUUUCAAGGCUGUGGAAACCCCAAACUCAACACAAAGCCUUCCAAUGUUGAAGAUAAGAGGAGGCGGGUAAAAUCUAUUAGUGAAGAUAAACCAUCAGUACUAGGUUUGGAGAAAUUAGUUUCAGAUGUGAAAGGAAAACUGAAGGAUGUAAAGGACUUAUGGGUUUCUCUCCCAGUCACACUUUGCAAUGAUAAAAUAUCUGGUUCUGUGAAUGAGGACAAGUGCUGGAAUGGAAUGACCAGAGGCAGAUAUCUUCCAGAUGUGAUGGGUGAUGGAUUAGCCAAUCAGAUCAAUAACCCGGAGGUGGAAGUAGACAUUACCAAACCAGAUAUGACAAUUCGCCAGCAAAUCAUGCAGUUAAAAAUCAUGACAAAUCGCCUGCGUAAUGCCUACAAAGGAAAUGAUGUGGAUUUCCAGGAUACAAGUGACGACAUCAGUGGCUCCGGCAGUGGCGAUGGCUGUCUUGACGAUGUCUGUAUCAAAAAACAGUCCAAGAGCUCUAGCACUUGGCAACCAGACUCACAUCCUAUGCCUAAGCUGUCAGGACAAGGCGUCAGUGGAAAUAGCAGCAUAGUCUUGCCUUCCUCCUUUCUUUUAUUACUUUCUCUGGCUGCUGUUGCAACACAAUACUUGUGGCGGUAACUCAUUUCUGUGGCCGUGAAAGAGACUGUGGUGGUUGAGGUCUUAACUUUGCCAAAAAUAUGGACUAUAUUUAAUUCAUCUUGGCAAAACAAGGGAGCUAAAGGUUCUUGAUUGUUUGUGAUAACCUGGCAGUGCUAGAACUGGUGUUUUUCUUUUGGUCUUUUUUGAAUGCUGGGCCCUUCUUUCUGUACCUCAUUUUUUAAAUGUCAUUAAUUUGCCACAGAAAGGCAUCUAGAGGUCUACAACAGACCUUGGCAUAAAGAUUUACUGGGGGG